AUGGCUGGACUGUUUGUUGUUGCCGAAAACAAACGGCAAGAUAUGCAUUUGUUGGUCAACUGUGAUUGUGAAGGAAGCUUUAAUGUUAUUUCAACAAGAAGUUUACUUUGUACUACAGAUGUUUUGCCUCCUUGUCACAGACAAGUAAUUGUUGUUUUGACACAACUUGAAGGAAACGAUGGAUUUUCAGUGUCCCAUCGACUGAACUUUCGAACAAUGACGUGUAAUGGCAAUGGAGAAUAUGGUGCUCAACACAUGCCUGAACUGGGACAGAAUCUUAUUGUUCCAUUUUUGAUACUAAAGGUUCCUGAGUUGAAUUUCAACGAAGUAGAAUUCCAAAAAUACUUUGGUACAACAAAAAACAACGUUUUAGAUUACGGUGUUGCAUUUCUCCCAUCAAUAAACAACAAUGGCGCAAAUAAACAUCGUGUUCGAAUGAAAAGAGACUUAAAAACAAAAACUCAACUGUUUUAUAAUAUUUCCAUAUUUGGGAUCGAUUUUCAUUUCAAAUUGACAUUAAAUAAGCAUUUGGUUGCACCGAACUUCCAUGUAGUGACGAAACACGGUAAUGGUACAACAACGAAGUCUUUCCCUGGAUAUGCGCAUGCGCAUUUUUACCAUGGACACUCUAUCUCACAUCCAGGAUCCAAAGUUGCGUUAAGUGAUAACGGGAGACUAAAAGGAAUAAUAUCAUUACCUGAAGAUCAUAUGUUCGAGAUCCAUCCUCUUCCGGAGAGACUAGCAAAACAAUACGAGACUGUUUCACGUUUGUUGUAUGAUGCUACUAAUGGUCGUCUUCAUUACGUUAUUCGAAAAAUCUAUCUUCUCAACGAUAAACAGUCUCUACCUUAUGCGAAAAGAGCUAACAGAUAUCGUAAACUAGAUCAUAUUACAGCUUGGGCUCGAGUGAAUAAUAAAAAAAAUGCCAAUAAUCCUACAUUUGCUGAUGAAACUAUUCUUUUUACAACCUUUGGCUAUGUUCAUGAUGGACGACCUCCUAAUACUCGCUGUCCUAUUAACGCUGCAAUUAUGUCUCCAAUUGUACCUGGUGGAAAUGCUGGGUUUUUGUGGUCGAGUUGUUCAAAAAAAUACUUUAAUACUUUUUUAAAAUCUUUUCACUCUCGUUGUCUCAAUAAUGUUCCCACAAACAACGGACAAAGAAAACAUCUUUCACUUGGUGAUAAACUACCCGGACAAGUUUACCACGCUGACAAACAAUGCGAAAUGAUAUUUGGAGCUGGAUACAGACAAUGUCCUUUUGCAGUGCACGUCUGCUCCUCUUUGUACUGCACUAAAACUGGGUCGAAGUGCUUUUACCUGAUUUUGCCUUCCGCUGACGGGACAAGAUGCGGUAAAAGACAUUGGUGUAUUCGCGGUGAAUGUGUUGACGAUGGCUCUUCUAAGAUUCAUGGUCACUGGAGCGAAUGGUCAAAAUACACGGAAUGUUCAAGAUCAUGUGGUCCUGGUAUUCGAUAUAGAAAAAGACAAUGUAAUAGUCCUAGUCCAAAAAAUGGCGGGAAAAAUUGUCUCGGAUCAAAUGUUGGAUAUUCUAAAGUCUGUAAUUUGAAAGAUUGUCCUAAAGGCAAUUCGUACAGAGAUAGUCAAUGUAAAUCUGCAGGAUAUCCUCGAGCUUUUUAUUAUAAACCUAGAGCGUGUUUGUUAUAUUGUGUGCGAAACCGGAGAUUUUACGGAAUAAGAAAUGUGGAAGAUGGAACCCCUUGUGCAAAAAAUGAUCCAAACAAUCAUGUUUGUAUUAAGGGAAAAUGUCAGUCUGUUGGAUGUGAUCUGGUUGUACAUUCUGAUAAAGAAAAUGACCGCUGUGGUAUGUGUGAUGGAAGUGGUAGUUCUUGCCGAAAACAAACUAUCCACUUCAUUAAAAAAGUUGGUCAACCACAAGGCUGGGUGAAAAUGACGGUUAUCAAAAAGGGUGCCACACAUAUUUUUGCACACGAAACUAUUGGCACUUAUUGGAGCCGCAUUGGAGUGCGCAACAUGAAAGGUACUGCGUUAAUUCCGUCAAGAAUGAGAAAUGUUCGUGUGAAAACGGCUGGAACAUACAUAACUUAUUUUCGAAGAGGAGAAAAAGAUGAACUACGAGUUCUUGGACCAACAACGGAAGACAUCGAACUUGUGUUCUUUACUAGUAUAUGGGACAAAGUCAGAAAUUUACGAGUACACAUAACCUUUAUGGAGCAUAUUGAAAAUAUUCUCAAACCAUCAAACGAUUCGUUCAAAUGGACAGUAUCUCAAUGGUCAGGUUGCUCUCAACCUUGUGGAGGAGUUGUAGUCUCAAUUGAAGUGAGUGGUUUUACCCGGCGGUGGUUUGUCACUAAGUGGAAUAUUUGUUCGAAAAAAUGUGGAGGUGGAAUUCAAAAAAGGAGUGUUGUUUGCCGUCGAAAAAUAAUGGGUGCAUGGAUUAUUGAGAACGAUUCAUCUUGUAAAAAAACCCCAAAACCAACAAAUAUAACAAAACAGAUGUGUAAUGAAAUUAUGUGUCCGCCAUCAUAUGUCCCAUUAUCGUGGUCUAAGUGCUACAAUGGCGUGUCAACGAGAAAACUGUCUUGUAUAAUCGUUAAUAGAAAAGGAAUAAAGAGUAGAGUGUCAACGAAAGUGUGUUUGUUAUAUGGUACACCGAAACCACUUACAACGAAAACAUGCAAUAAAAAUAAACACUGUAGCAAAAAGUAAGUGUCUUAGCAAAAUGUUGAUUACAUGAAGCAAAGUUUUCAGGCCACUAUUUUCUAAUAGCCUGACUUGUCUUUUCUUUGUUUUGCUGAAAAAAAAUGUGAGUA